AUGUUGUUUUAAUCCACAGAUCAUUUCUCUAACUAAAUAUCUCUCUCUCUCUAGUUUUGUUUUGAUACCGUAUACGUACGAAGACGACCGUUCGUGUGCAAAAAGAUGAGGUGCAGAGCGCUUCACGUAGGAAGAAGAAAGAGAGUGAUGGUUAAUGUGAGCUCGAGGAAGCUCAUGAGCCGUCUCCGUCGGAUGGUUGCUCCAGAAACGAGUUUUUCUGAUGAAUUUGACGGUGACACACUUUAUCGUCUCACGGCUGAUCACAUUUUGCUCCUCCAAGCAAGAGUCCAACUUCUUCGUCGUAUUUCUUCUCUAUAUGGUCUAUAGAUCGAAGAUCCAUAGCCACAUAUAUAUGCGUGUGUCUAAAAUAACCGAAGCAACGGUAUAAUUAUGGAAUAAACGUCUAUUUUCUCUAUUUAUUUCUUCAACUAAACAUCGUAGUAAGUCGUAUAUUAUGAUGCCGAAGCUAUAAUUUAAUGUAAUGAUGUGGAUUUAUGUUUGUGUUUAUUUGAUUGUGAGCAAUCUUUUUACAUGCAUGCAGCUUCGACAAUAUUUUAUA